AUGCGUUUGAGCUCAUUCCGGUUUGUGGAGUACCACAAGAUGAUAUACUUGGACGGAGACAUCCAGGUGUACGACAACAUCGACCACCUCUUCGACUUGCCGGACGGCUACUUCCACGCCGUGAUGGACUGCUUCUGUGAGAAGACGUGGUCCCACACCCCGCAGUACAAGAUCGGGUACUGCCAGCAGUGCCCCGAUAAGGUCCACUGGCCCACUGAGUUGGGCCCCCGGCCCGCACUCUACUUCAAUGCUGGCAUGUUCGUGUACGAGCCCAGUCUCUCCGUCUACGAUGACCUCUUGACCACCCUCAAAAUUACCCCUCCUACCGCCUUUGCCGAGCAAAGCUUCUUUGGAGAAGCUUUCUUUGAAAAUGUAGUUUGA